AUGCAGAGGCGGCGGCGUUGCAGAUGGCGGGCGCGAGGGCGCAAUCUGCAACGCUCUACACGACGCUUGAGCCGUGCAAUCAUUACGGCAGGACUCCUCCAUGCUCGGAGUCUAUUAUUGCGGCGGGCAUUGCUGAAGUGCGUAUCGCGGUGCGCGAUCCCGAACCCCAAUGUUGCGGGCGGCGGAGUUGCGAGACUGGAAGAGGCGGGGAUCAGGACGCACAUCGGCGAGUGCGCUCAGGAAGGGCAACGGCUUAUUGAGGGAUUCGCCAAGCACAGCAGGACGGGGAUGCCGUUUGUCACAGCCAAGUACGCAAUGAGCCUCGACGGGAAGAUUGCAGCGCGCUCCGGCGAUUCCAAGUGGAUAAGCGGCGAGGAGUCACGGCUGUUUGCACACCUGCUGCGAGCGCAGUCGGACGCAAUCAUGGUGGGCAUCAACACUGUGCUCGCGGAUGACCCGAUGCUGACGGCGCGGGACGCAGAGGGCAAUGCGAAUGAACGACAGCCAUUGCGGGUGGUGCUGGACAGCCAUGGCAGGAUGCCGCAUGACGCGCAGAUGCUGAACGCGCCGGGCGAUACCCUAGUUGCAGUUACCGAUGACUUCAACGGAGGAAUUUGUGAUGGCGCCGAGACAGUGAGGAUGCCGACGGGCAGAGGCGGCGUUGACUUGCGCGCGCUGCUUGCGGCGCUGGGCGAGCGCGAUAUUACGAGCGUGCUUGUGGAGGGAGGCGGCGCGACUAUCGGUGCAUUGUUCGACUUGAAUCUCGUCGAUAAGGUUGUGGCUUUCGUGGCACCCGUUAUAAUAGGCGGCAACGAAGCAAUAUCGCCCGUUGGCGGCAUCGGGAUUGCUAAGAUGGAAGAGGCUCUUCGAUUGCGUGAUGUCGAUGUGCGGCGAUUUGGCGGGGAUGUAGCGAUUAUAGGAUAUGCGCGGGGAUAUACAUGGGAAUAUGCACGGGAAUAUACAGAUGGAGACACAGGGAGAGAAGGCGAUGUUCACAGGGAUAGUUGA